UUCAGCUUGAGCAGUAGAGAUUCCUUCCUUUCAUUAUUAUUGACUACAAUUACAGCAUGCGCAACUAUUGGAAACAUAUGGCGGAGAGCUAUGACUGAGGAUUUUGAUGAAGAAGUUGUGUUCGAGAACUCUCCGUUGUUCCAGUAUUUACAGGAUCUAGGACACACAGAUUUUGAGGCAUGUUCUCCCGUUUCUCAGGAGGAGUUGAAUGCAGGAGGCGAGGAGAGGCCUUUUCCACAGGAUAUCCUCCCUCCGGCCAGAAAGGCUGGUAUUUGGAGGUUGGUUGAUGCUCUGUACAGCCUGAGUCCACUGCAUCGAGACUGCGCCACCCAUUUGCAGGAGCAGCAGCUGGACGCUGCUUUCCGCCAGUAUUCCCUGCGCUGUCUGUUAUCUCAGGACGUGCUGUUGCAGGAAGAUGUUGAGUUGAUUGAGCUGUUGGAUCCGAGUGUUCUCUCUCUGGGCUCGACUGAUACUGUCUGCCCUAGUGCCAGCAUUGCUUUGCCCGCACCACGCUACGUUUCACCACCCUCAAUAUGGGACGUGUCAGUGUUGGUCGGGCUGCUAGCCAUCCUGCUCGCCGUACGUUGCUCGUACCCUGACCAUGACCACGCCCUAUGGGUGUGUGUUGUGUUGUUGUGUGUGGUGUGUGUGUAUCGUGGUCUGUGUCUGUGGCAUAAGGCAGGUCUACAGCGUCACGUUCAAUCUCUGGCCGUUCAGCUGGAGGGAUUGGUGAACAACAGUCGAGCUUUGACCAGCCUCUCUCGCAAAUCACUGCGACUCAUACAGGAGACUGAAGUCAUCUUACGAGGAUUCACACUUUUACUCGACAGGGUGAGUGGCGCCUGUCCCUUUAACAGGGUGGGGCAGCUUCGCAGCCAGCAGCUGAUUGGUCUACGGAAGGUGGCCUAUCAGUGUCUUCGCUGCACAUUCAGAGCAUCCCGUCUCGCCACAUGCAUCAUGCUCAAAUCGUUUCCAUUGAACUCUGAGAUUGACAAUGUCACUAACUACGUGUCGACCGUGCCAAUCAGAGAGCUGGGUCUCGGCCUGGGGGUGGAGCAUCUUUCUGAUGAGCAGGCGCAAGAACUGACCAAUGAUUACAGCCUACCAGCUCUCAAGAUGUUGUUCCAGUUGUGGGUGGGGCAGAGCUCUGAGUUUUUCCGUCGAUUAGCUCUGCUACUGUCUCCAGGGAGGGAGGAGCUUAACUCCAGGUCCAGCCCCCUCACGUUUAAUAGCGUCCCUUUGAUUACUGACUCUCUGCAUCGCACCCUGGCUGGUUGUCUUGGAGAUCUUCAGCGCAGCUAUGACUUCCAUCGCUACUUUGAGAUGCAGCACCAGUCACUCUGCUCAGGACGAAAUGGACGUGCUCAACAGAAGUGUAGAGAGCUCAAUUCUCUGCACACAUCCGUCCGCAGUUUACAACUUCACCUGAAAACACUCCUGAAUGAGGUCAUCAUUUUGGAGGAUGAUUUGGAGAAGUUAAUGGUUGCUAAGGAGACGGAGGAGAUGACGUGCGCAGGCUAUCAAGAGCUUAGGGAGCGUCUGCAUCUGCUGCAGCCACACAUGCAGGCCAGCACCUGCUGCUGGGAUGACACACUUGCGCAGGUCGACCGCAUGCUGCGCAGGGUCUCCAGCUGCCCAGAGAGUUCAGACCAGCUGGUGGAAACAGCUGCUACAGAACCCCCUCCUCCUGCUCCCAUUACACACAUACAGGACAGAGAUCCCAUCCCUGAGGAACAGGAACUGGAGGCAUAUGUGUCAGAUUCUGACUCUGAGAUGGAACAGAGAAGGACCUCAGGCAUGCUGUCGUCAUGGGAACAAGAGCAUCAACAGCAUGAACGAGAAGAGUCAAGAUGUGUUUUACUCGAGCUAAAAUCUGUCCUGGGAAUUCGAACAUCAGAUGGAGAGAGAGACAAACGCAAACGUCUGCUCUUCAGUGAUCAGGCUGCUUUGGCUCUGUUUGAUAAGGAAACAUCGGAACCGGAUACAAAUAUUUUAGAGUUGAGUGUUUCAUCAGAACCAACGACUGCAGCCAGCAACCAUAUCGCCCAACCAUCGCAAGAAGGAUUGAUAGCAGAUGAAGAAAAGGAGAAUGAUAGUAGGAAGCAGACUGAAAAUAUUAGCCCGGACCUGGAAGUGAAAUAUUCAGUGGUGGAAUUUUGCACUGGAGAUUCGGUAGUAAAUGGAGCAACUAUAGAUAUCAGUGGGGCGGGAACUGUGGAGGAAGCGCAGCUUUUCCAAUCAGACGGGCUUAUAGAUGAUGGGCAGGAUGGAACACACUCACUCACACCCAGAGUGCCCACCCUCUCUGUGACUGACAGACUGAUAGAACUCCAUGGCUCAGAUGCGCUAACAUUUAGCUCCGCCUUGGCAGCCCAGGUAGCAGCGCGCUCGCAUUCAUUCGCACAUAUGCAGGAGUGCACAUAUGGGGACUCGGAAGAGGAAGUGACAUCACCGCAGAAGAGAGAAAUUGAGGAAGACUGAAACAGCAUUUUGUGACAUCCGGGAUAUUUAUUCUCAUCUCCUUUUUAGUUUUAUUUAUUAAGCUUGAUUUCAGGUCACAGACAUCAUUGGAUGUAGCUGAUGUGUGCAUCAGUUUGUUCUUUUUAGUGUGUGUGUGUGUGUGUGUGUGUGUGUGUGUGUGUGUGUGUGUGUGUGUGUGUGUGAGACGCUAUAUGUCUCAUGUGAUGUCCCAUGUCCACAAUCUCCAUGACAGGGCUCAGGUACAGACUGAACAUACUAAUACACAGAAUAACAGACCAAAACGUCCAUAUUUACUCAUGCACAAAUCUACGUAGUUGUUCUUGGUCCCACUUUUAUUCACUUUCAUGAAGGUUUUUUCUCAGAAUAACGUAUACAUACCAGUUAGUCAAUUUGGUUGAAUCACUCAAAGCUUUUCAGGAACAUGCCCCAAUCAUAUUUCAACCCAAAAUCAAAAGAAAAACAUAAAAAAUAAAAAUUUUCUUGAAAGGAUUCCUGCUUUUAGAACCAUGUGUGUGUAUAGAUAUAUAUAUAUAUAUAUAAUUUGUG